UUCUAUGCGAGUGAAUUUCAGGCAAACGUUGCUCUGACAACCCAUCCGAACCUUCCCCGCUCUCACUUUCCGCUGCCCUAUGCCUCAAGCUCCUCAUAUCCGUCCGUCCGUCCUAUGAGGAAAUUCGCUCAUCUCUCUACAUAUAACAUACAUAUGUGUAUCUAUAUAUAUAGCUGCAGCUCUCCACAGUACUGCCCUACAUCCUGUUUCCUUUCGGGUCAGCGAUAAGCCAAAGCCAAAAACCUCUCCUCGACUUACCAUGGCCGAAUACUAUGGCGGUCCCGAUUGGGCUUCCGUAUCUGCUGUUUUUGACAGAGAGUACAAAGACGGACAUUCAAAUACGCCUCUUCCGUUACAGUUGCCGAUCGGAUUACACCCAGGACUGCCACCACCACCGCCGCCGCCGGGAAUCUAUCCAGGGCCACCACCACCACUGCCGGGAAGCUAUCCAGGAAUGCCACCACCACCAUGGCCGCCGGGAUUCGACCCAGGCCUGCCACCACCACCGCCGCCGCCGCCAGACUCAGCGCAUAUAAAGAAGGGCAAGAAAAGCAGCAAGAAAAGUGACAAGAAGCUUUCUACUGGGAGCAUGCCGACAGCCGAAUCGUAUCCAGUACCGUUCAUGCCAUUAGCUCCUGGUUCAAUGCCUCCGUCAUUCCCUCCCAGUAUGCCACCUCCCCCAAGUUGCGGUGCCUUUGACUUCAAUGCUCCAUCUGCCGACGAGAGCGGGAACAAGGAGCCAAGUCCAAACUCCGAGGCAGACUUUGAUGUGAAGCAUCUCUACGCAUUCGGUCGCUGCAUUUGCAGUCAAUGCGUGUUUUGGUCCGAUCAGCCACCUGAAUUCGUGGAAAAGGAAGACGAGCAGGCUCGACGAAUGGAGAUGAUGCGUGGCACGUACGCACUCAUUCACCGGCAGGUUCGAUACAGUGCGUCUAUCGGAUGGCAGACUCGAAGCAUCGCGGUCAACAGUCCCAAACUACGUCAGUUUCUCACUGAAGUUCAGGGAACGGAUGAGCCAAGCCUCGAUCCAUCCUUCCACUUUUACCCACCUUUCUCUACAUACUUCCACCGGAGACAGGAGUAUGAGGACCAUCUCAUGGAAGAAGACGACGAGGAAACCCAGAACCACGCAGUUGCGCUGCUCACCAUCUUUGAGAAUAACUGGAAGCCGGUUGUGGCGGCGCUUGAAGACUGUCAGAACACAAAGUUGAUUCUCUGGCGGUUCUUGUGGGCUCUUUAUCCUCCAGAUGAGCUACUUGUUGUAAGAAUCAAUGGUCUGGUAUCUGUGGCUAAAUUGGUCAAGUUCGAGAGUUCCAGAAUCGCAAACAUGAAAGGCGACGACGUGUGGAAGGUGUAUCUGAAGAUGAUCGACUGGGACGGCACCUCUUUCGGCUGGCGCUGCAACAGGAUUACCAUCAAGGAGUACGAAGGAGCACUUGAUGUUACAACUCUAGCUGCUUACCCGCUUCGUCUCCACCAUGACCCCGAUGCACUUAUUUCAGAAUUGACUUCGCGUGGAAGGAAGUUUGAAAGUCUUUGUGGCUAUCACUUCAAGGCAUUUGGACGCGAGAACGAAGGCCGCAAUGGCGAAACCGAGACCGUAGGUUGCCCAGGCAUUGCAGGUAUUAGAACUGAUCAGAUUCACUUAGGUGCAAGAGCGGGUCAUCAUUGACGCUUACGCUCACUAUAAGCUGCAUAAUGGGAGGAAGCCUGUACUGCUCACGCUCAACCCUGGUGAGAACAAGAAUAAACCCUCCGGCAU